CAAAAACACUAGUGAAACUACUAGCAAUGCCACUAGUGAAAUCAUCAGUGAAAUCACCAGUGUAGCUACUAGUGAAAUUACUAGCAAAACUACUAGCGAAAUGACUAGUAAAACUAUACCAAGGUUUAAGUUACCAGUUUUACUCUGUUAG